GUGCGCGUGCGCGGCGCUCGGGGCUACAGCUGUGCUUCCGACGGCAGCAGCGGCCGAGCGCUAUCCCCGAGGGAUCAGAGAGAAGAGGCCGGAGGCUAGAGUGGCGGCAGCGGUGGCGGGAGAGCAUGGAGGCUGAGGCGUCGGCAACGCGAGCCCGUCCUGCCGGAGGGCUUCCGCAGAAGAACAAGGCUGGGCAGACCCCAGGCCCCAAGCAGGGCAGCCAAAUGACCAGGCUGUUCGGCUUUGAGUGGUCCCAAGUGUCCAGCUGGCAGAGGCUGGUGACCCUCCUAAAUCGGCCAACUGACCCUGCAAGCCUUGGAGUCUUUCGGGUACUCUUUGGGCUGCUAAUGGUACUGGACAUUCCCCAGGAGCGAGGUCUUAGCUUCUUGGACCACAGAUACCUGGAUGGGCUGGAGGUGUGCCGCUUCCCCUUGAUAGAUGCUCUGUGUCCACUGCCCCUCGACUGGAUGUACCUGGUCUACACCAUCAUGUUUCUGGGGGCCCUGGGCAUGAUGCUGGGGCUGUGGUACCGCCUGAGCUGCCUUUUGUUCCUGCUGCCCUACUGGUAUGUGUUUCUGCUGGACAAGACCUCCUGGAACAACCAUUCCUACCUGUACGGACUGUUGGCUUUCCAGCUGUCCUUCAUGGAUGCCAACCGCUACUGGUCCCUGGAUGGCUUAAGAAAUCUCUCUAAGAGGAAUGCCCACGUCCCGCUUUGGAACUACACAGUCCUGCGUGGACAGAUAUUCAUUGUGUAUUUCAUUGCGGGAGUGAAAAAGCUCGAUGCGGACUGGAUUGGAGGCUACUCUAUGGGCUCCCUGUCCCGGCACUGGCUCUUCAGCCCCUUCAAGUUGGUGCUCUCUGAAGGAAUGACCAGCCUGCUCGUGGUGCACUGGUGUGGGCUGCUGUUAGACCUCUUGGCCGGGUUCCUGCUAUUUUUUGAUGUUUCGAGAGCCAUCGGCCUUCUCUUUGUCUCCUACUUCCACUGUAUGAAUUCCCAGCUCUUCAGCAUUGGCAUGUUCCCCUUCGUCAUGUUGGCCAGCAGCCCCCUCUUCUGCUCCCCCGACUGGCCUCGGAGGGUGGCCUCCUGCUGUCCUCAGUGGCUCCGAGGCCUGCUGCCAAGCACGGCUGACGCCCAGCCCAGUCUGUCCUGCGUGUAUAAGAGGGGCCGGGCCAAAGGCAGCCCUCGGGCCCGGCUGCGACAUCAGCUGGGAGCCGCCUUCACGCUGCUCUAUCUACUGGAACAGCUCUUCCUGCCCUACUCCCACUUUAUUACUCAGGGUUAUAACAACUGGACCAAUGGGCUGUACGGCUACUCAUGGGACAUGAUGGUGCACUCCCGCUCCCACCAGCACGUCAAGAUCACCUAUCGAGAUGGCCGCACUGGGGAGUUAGGCUACCUGAAUCCUGGGGUGUUUACACAGAGUCGCCGAUGGAAGGACCAUGCGGACAUGCUGAAACAGUACGCCUUGUGCCUGAACCGUCUGCUGCCCAGCUACAACGUCUCUGACCCUCAGAUCUACUUCGAUGUCUGGGUUUCCAUCAAUGACCGCUUCCAGCAGAGACUUUUUGACCCUCGAGUGGACAUUGUGCAGGCUGCCUGGUCUCCCUUCCGUCCCACGCCCUGGAUACAACCCUUGCUGCUGGAUCUGUCUCCCUGGAGGGAGAAGUUUCAGGAGAUCGAGAGCAGCCUGGACAACCACACUGAGGUGGUCUUCAUCGCUGACUUCCCUGGGCUGCACCUGGAGAACUUUGUGAGUGAAGACCUGGGCAAUACUAGCAUCCAGCUGCUGCGGGGGGAGGUGACUGUGGAGCUGGUGGCCGAACAGAGGAAUCUCUCUCUUCAGGAAGGGGACAGGGUCCAGUUGCCGGCUGGUGAAUAUCACAAGGUAUACACAGUGUCACCGGGUCCGUCUUGUUACAUGUACAUCUACGUCAACACCACAGAGCUGGCGUUGGAGCGAGACCUGGCGCGGUUACAGGAACUCAAGGAGAAAGUAGAGAAUGGGAGCGAAUCAGGACCUCUGCCCCCAGAGCUGCGCCCCAUUCUGGAGGGGGAAGUUAAAGGCGGACCUGAGUUAACUCCUCUAGUUCAGACCUUCUUGCGUCGACAGCAGCGUCUCCAGGAAAUCCAGAGGCGGCGCAGUGCCCCUUUCUAUGAAAGGCUAUCCCGCUUCCUGCUUCGAAAGCUCUACAUCUUCCGCCGAAGCUUCCUGAUGACUUGUAUCUCUCUCCGCAAUCUGAUCCUGGGGCGCCCCUCCUUGGAACAGCUGGCCCAGGAGGUGACCUAUGCAAACCUUCGGCCCUUUGAGUCACCAGCAGAAUCCGACCCUUCAAUGCCUGAUUCCUCGGACGCUAACGCUGAUUCCACUGAGUCAAGCCACACACCCAUACGCUCGGAGCUCUGAGUUGUCAAGGCCCCUGGGUUUGGACGAUAAGUACCAAGCACAGAACGAAUCAGUACUUGAGAAAUCUGUAUAGAAUAUUUUUCAAAUUUUUUUUUUUUAAAUAA